AUGAAUUUCCAGGAAGCUUCUCGCCUUGUCACAACACAGUACAUCAAGGACCUCAAGGCCGAAAUGGCCAAUGUUAAGGCCCUUGACAGCUUGGCCCUUGACCAAGUCGUCACCCUUGAAAAUAUGAGCGAGUUGAUUGAAGAGUCAGUUAUCGAUGUUUCCAAGGAGCUGCUUGACCUGCCACCGCACGACCCCAGCCUCCUCACCCUGAAGGAGUUGCGUGAACUCGUAGCGGAUAACAAACUGCAGCAAGGCGAGAGCUCGGUUAUUGAUACCGACGGAAAAACCGCCGUCUCCUCGGCCAAUCGACUACCACCAAACGAUCCCUCGGAUCACCCGGGAAGUAGUUGGUGCGAACAGAGCAUCACUUGCAACGACCAGCUGCGCUACCGGGCGCCGUUCUUCUUCUACGGCCAGCGCUUCGAACGACCGUCAAAGAGCCAGGCCGACCAAUUGGAGCACUGGCAGGUGGUCGUGCGAGACGAGUGCAACCGCCAGCGUGUGGCUGUGGAGCACCAGUUGGAACUGUGCCACUCAUACUGCACACGCCUCCACCACAUGCGACCCGACUGUUGGCAAACCGGGCUCACUGAUAUGGGGCAAUCCUACGCCUACAAGUAUAAAGAUAUGAUGCGGGCACUUCUUGGACGCGGACUCUUCGACAGGGAUUCAGCCCGGGAGACGUUAAUACGCUACACCAUGCCAUUUAACCUGUUCGAAAUCGAAAAUAUGACACCACUUGAGUACCUAAAUCGGUUUUGUGCCCUCAGAGACACACGAAUACCAUUCUACUCACGCAUCUUCAAUAAAUUCAAGGAUAAUCGCACCCAGCUUAUCUUCGUAGACAAGUUGUUUGAACCUCUGAACGUCCUCAUGAGCGGUUCGUUCAAACCAGAGCAGGGGGCGGAGAUCGCGUCGCUGUUGGACCUUGCAGGCACCGACUACGGGCUGAAUGUGGACGAAUUCGCUUGCGUCUGCGGUCUUGCUGAGCGUCUCUACUACUGUCAAAACAUGAGGAUAUACGGAGAGGAAGGCCUGGCAAUGCAACAAGGAAUCAUUGAAAAGGCUGAUUUUCAUAUGCUGCUUAAGAAAAUGGACAGUGUUAAAUUGACGAAGUCGCUGCAACGCCUUUUACAGCGCCUGGAUCUCUUCAAAUAG